AAGCCGUGCUACUCAAAGCAGAAUAAUUUAUGUCAAAUACGCCGUUGGUGGGCUCCGCUUGGCCCAUAUCUACAUCCAAUUUGAAGUGCAUCUGAUUCGGAUCCAUCGGUGAAUAGGUGGGAAACCCUAUGGUCCCGGAACUAGGUUAACAAUUCUUUUUUAAAUUUCCAUUAUAAACCUACGUCAUAGCAAAUCCUGUCAUGGCGUCCUUUAUGAUAAACACGACUGUCGUUCCACUUGUCGCUUCCUCCUCUUUCUCAGACAAUGCCAUAUUUCAGGUUCCUGAUGGGAGUCAAAGGGUCUGGCGUGAAUCAGAAGCUCCUACCACCUCUUACCUUCCAUCAACUUAGUUUUGAUAUUUAGGAACACCCUGUGAUCUUCCUAGGAUGGCUUCUAGCUUCAAGUAUUGGAAUGAAUGUGUUGAUCCACUGGACUUGGAGGCAAUGUGGAUGGAUCCUUUUGUGAGCAAAGAAUGGGAUGAUGCAGGAGAGACAAAAGGACAAAAAGUUCACCUUUCACGGGAUCCUGAUGGGCAGGCUUUUCUUACCCAAACUGAGAUGAAGGCCGUGGCUGAGAUUAUUGUCCGCAGACACUUCCAAUCGCAAGUAGAUCCGGACAUGAUUUGUGCUAUUGCUGAACUUCAAAGUGACAGACAACUUCUUACAACACGGUAUAACAAACAAACUAAGGAAACUGGUUUUGGGCUCAUGCAGUUGUCACCAAAAACUGCAGAGUGGCUUGUCAGAGAGAUGAGUUACCGGCAAUAUGAAAUAGAAGGAGACUCAACACUUCUGUAUAGGCCUUUCAUAAGUGUAUAUUUUGGUGCAUCAUACUUAAAGUGGUUAUCACAUUAUGAUCAAAAGGAAAGAAAUGAAGAAUUUGUAAUUAGGGCUUACAAAGGUGGAACAAAAAAAGCAAAACGAAAGUCAACACUGGAUUGCUGGCGACGGUACCUCUCGGUCAAACAAUCUCUCCCAUCCAGGAGCCAGACGUGUAAUGCUUCAAUGCCUGAUGCUUCUAUUCCUCCUCUGCCUAUUUUAGAAAACAAAGCUGAUGAGUUAUACUGGGAUUCAAGAGCUUCUCCUGAGGACAUGGAAGAGAUGUGGAUGAGCCCUGAAGUCCUCAAAGAGUGGACCAAGUCUAAUGAGAAUAGAGGAAAAGUGCGCUUUUCACUUGAUGCAGAGAAGAGACCAUACCUUUCCCAGAUAGAAACAAAGGCAGUCGCUCAAAUCAUUCUUUCAAAACACUUCAGUACAAGAAAAGUGAAACCUGUAAGUUAAAGAAAACUUCCAGAUUGUAAUUGCAUUUUACUAGACACCGUCGCCACUAUUCUUUAAGGUAAUAAAAACAGUUAUAAUUUCUUUCGGUUUGCUUUAUUAUGCUCCUCCACUGCUUUCUUGAAGGUGUCAGCUCCCCUGGUGUUUAAGUCAAUGGUUGCUGAUACCCCUGACUGGGAUCAUAUCCCACUAGUUGCGGGUUGAGGGGUCCCUUCAUGAGCCUAGUAGUGCUACCCCAGCUCCGAACUCCCCUACCUACCCACUCAUUAGGUGGAUCCAGCUAGUAACCAAGACUAGGAACCGGAAACAAAAAAAAGGGUUUUCUUAGUUGUUGCCUGACAGCCUUGUAAUUAUCUCCAGCCAAUUAAAUUGCCUUUUUCUUUCCUUUAAGCAUUUGCUCCUUUAAAGUAAGUCCCUCAGCCUUGUUUUGUCUAAUAUCCUUUUCUUUCUUUUAUUCUGGAACCUGCACUGUAAUGUUUUAAAAUUUCAUCCUGAGAUACAUGAUGCCAUUGCCAUUAUUGUUUGGAAUGACCUCUGCCAUGUCUGGAAAGAAAUAAAAACCGGCCUUUGAACCUUGUCUUUUUUUUUGGAAGUUUCCUUUAGAAACUAUUGGUUUGAUCAACAGACUAUCCAGUUGGAAACUUGGAUCAUUUGGAUUGUGUAAACUGGAAUAUCAGAAUGCCUACCAUUGACCACCGUUCAAAUAGGUACACUGGAAUAUCAGGACCCAUUGCCAAUGGUGCAACAGUGCAAGUGUCUUCACCACUAGUCUACGGAAACUUUAUACCUAAACAGAUUAAUCUUAUACAAUAUAAUGUUUUAAAUAUUUAUAUUGUAUUUACCUGAAACAUCCAGAUUACCAGAACCAUUCAGACCAAACUGUCAGGCCAUCAGACCACCAGGCACCAACUGUGUUGUGCCAAAUAUUUACUAAAAAAAAAACUGUUAGGCCACAAUGGUCC